UUUGGUUCCUUAAAUUGACGGAUUUUUGUUUUGCAGAAAAUCAGUUUCUCUUUCUUUUUUCUUCCAGUUACUCCUUUGUUCAGUCAAACAAUCGAAGAAAAAAAGGCCUCUCUUUCUUACUGUCCCCUUAUUUCCGUUCAUUUCAUCAUGGGAGAUUCCGAAGAGUCGUAUUUCAAUCUGAAGCAGAAACCAGUUAAACCUUUGUCAGAAUGCUCGUUAUUAAAUCAACCGGCUUCCAUCGAUCCAACUGCGCCUCUUCCUUCAUUGACCCAGCUUUUAACCAACGAACAAUCCAAAUCCCAGUUGCUUUCCAAUCAUCCGGCCGCCACCACCACUACCAACGCCAACGCUCCAGCCGCGGACACUGUCGCAGCGGUAGCAGCGGCUACAGCGGCCAUGGCUAUGGUAUCGCAACCUCAGGUACAACCGCCGUCGCUCUUUUUCAGCCACAACAAUGACUAUGCUGGUCUUAGUCAACCCGCCACAUCUUCUUCUUCGGCUGCUGCUGCUGCACUGCUCACGCAACCUGCACCGACUGUGGUGCCUAACGAGUUGACCAUCGAUGCCAAUGAACAAGCUCAAGCGGAAGCUGCUUUUGUUGCAGCGGCCACGGGGACCGACUUUUUCCCUACGACAGCCUCUCUGCCGAUGUUGAUGAAUAACCAGCCCUAUCCUCCCACCAUGGUUCCCUUGGACGCGACAAUGUACCCGACAGGAGCAGGCCACAUUCCCGGUAUGGUGACGGCACCCAAUCCAAUGAUGAGUAAGGACAACCACAGUAACUAUCACCACGGUAUCAACGAAGCCGGUCGUAUGCGACGAGCAUCGGAAUCAAGUUCAGCCUCUGAUAAAAUUUAUUCCUUUGUGGCCAUUCCUGGUUCACAUCCACGAAAGCGACCGCGCAGGCGUUAUGAUGAAAUCGAGCGCUUGUAUCACUGCAAAUAUCCCAACUGCGCGAAAUCGUAUGGUACUCUGAAUCACUUGAAUGCACACAUCAGCAUGCAGAAACACGGCCCCAAACGUCAUCCUUCCGAGUUCAAGGAAAUGCGAAAAGAAUGGCGUCGUCAAAAGAAGGAGCGGGAAGCGGCUAGAAAAGCCGCCGAAGAGGCAAUGCGACAUCAGCAAAUGAUGCCGGCCCCACCGCCUUUUCCACAGCCGUUACCGCAGACUUAUCUGCCACAUUAUCAACAAAUCCCUAUCAGCAUGGCCCUGAAUGGUUUCAUUUAAACAUUUCUUGUCGUUUGCCACUUUUUCCGUAUCUCACUUCUUGUAUAUUAUUUUUUUAUUUAUUCCACCUUGACCGCUUUUCUUCAUGGAUGAUAAAAAGCGUCCAUUCCCAUGUUCCCAAGUCUUUCAUUUUUCUUUAUGCUCUAAUUAUCUAUCCAUGUACAUAACACAAGGAAAAUGUACGUAUUUGUUUUUUCUUCCACUCUUGCAUAUAACAUUUAUAUCGUGCAUUCUUCCUCAGCCAAUAGAAUUAAAAAACAUAUAUGAUCCUACUAUUUUUAUUUUUCCGGGAAUUUUGUGUAUG